CACCAAGAAGCGAAUCCACGCAACUGACAAACCCUCAGGCGAAUUCACAACCCCUUACCCUCAAUUCUUCCAGCCAUUCCAUCGAUCAUGUGAUCAGACUGUUUACAGUUCCGGUCGCCGACACGCGCGCGUUAUCGCCGUCGUCUAUCUCCGAAGUGCAACAUUCUCUUCCAACCGUAGGUGUGGUGUUGUUGUCGCCUAACGUCGCCCUCCAAAGCCCGCACGCGCCCAGACAGCGACCGAACAGCACGAAUCGUGCGUUUCGACCCACUCUCGGUCUCCUAGUCGAGCAAUGGUCGCUCUGAUUGCACUCUUCUCUCUCUUCCUCACACUCCAGUCGUCUUCACCUGCAGGUGCGCAGACUUUCACUUCUAUUCCAUUAGACCAAGUUGUGCGGAAAGAUGAGACUGUGUCCCUCAGCUGUACUGCGACAAAUGUGAUUGUGAUUGGCUGGAAUCGAGACAGAAGGGUUGUAAAGAAGGACGCACGUCACAAGCUGAGUGUCACCAAACCAACAACCAACACUCUAACUAGUGAACUGACUAUUCAUUCAAUUAAAGAGUCAGACGCCGGUACCUAUCAUUGCCAGGGAUAUUCAGAUGAUGGAAGUCCUACUCUCAGCAGCACGUUCAAGUUGCAACUUGCGACUGCACCUGUCAUCGAGAGAUAUACAGGGCCAUUCUAUGCAAAUCAGUCGGCAACGGCAACAUUAACAUGUCGGGCUAGUGGUCUACCUCUUCCCAAGUUGACAUGGUCGAGGAAUGGUUUGAAGCUGAAGGACCAAGCUGACACGCUUGUGUUGACGUACACCAUGAAGUAUGUGACCAAGGGCGACGCUGGAAGCUACGAAUGCUUGGCAGAGAACGUUGCAGGAAGCGACAAGAAGACGCUACAAGUUGUCGUUUAUUAUCCGCCUCGAAUCAGUUCGACAUCGUCGUCUCCUCUUCUGCUUGGAAUGGGCACGACUAGCACGCUUCGAUGCGACGCCACAGGUCUUCCCACUCCAACCGUUUCGUGGUCGUUCAAAUCUGCGGCUAUCGCAUCAAAUGCAACAUCGAGCGGCUCAUCUGUCUUGCUGUAUAAGGUGAAACCGAACGACGGGGGCUUGUACACGUGCGUUGCCUCUAAUCUACUAGGAAAAGACUCGAGUCAAAUCAACGUCAUAAUACAAGGUCCUCCCGGAAUUCCAUUUAAACCGGUGCCUGUUAAGGCCACGAGUACUAGCAUCUUUCUUCGAUUGCAACCGGGUAGCGACGGCGACAGUCCCAUCACCGGCUACAAACUGGACUACGCGGAGAUCAACGACACGUACUGGUAUCGCGUUCACGUCUCGGUGGCCGCACUCACCGAAGCGGGAGAACAAGGAUACGAACUCACAAAUCUCGAACCUCGUACACCAUACGAAUUCGUGUUGAAGGCCGUCAACAAGUACGGUCGGAGUGAUUUCACUGAUCCAACGGAUCCAUACUGGACACUUCCGGCGCCACCUAAAGCGCCGAAAAAUGUCAAAGUUAAGGCGAAAGGAAGCACCGUGAAUGUGACAUGGAAGGCUCCGGAUUUUGACUCGUCGAUGGGUACGGUGCUUGGAUAUAUUGUAUUGCAUCGGUAUCUUGGAGCCAGUCAGUUUGGAAGUGAUGAGGUUGACAUUGAUAUGGUACAGUUUGCGAUUGAAAACUUGGGCAGGGGGGUGACGUAUGAGGUGGGUGUUGCUGCUCGGAAUCGGUAUAGUCGAAGUCCCAAUGACAAGAUCAAAUUCAUUCUCGUCAAUACGACGGCAACAGUUCCUGGACGGCCAAACAACUGUGUGGCAACCGCUGUCAGUCACAGCUCGAUUGAACUCACGUGGCACAAGCCGUUGGACAACGGCGGCAGCACGGUGACCGGCUACGAGGUGCAGUACGCGUCGCAAACAAACAAAGACGACUGGAAACAAGUUUCCGGAUCUCCGACUUCGUUACUUCGAUUGAUCGUUUCCAAACUGAUGUCUGGAACGAGCUACAAGUUCCAAGUGGCAGCGGUCAACUCAGAAGGCAAGGGCAAACCCACAACGUUUAGUGGACAAACAAUUAGUCAAGAUGCUCCGCCGAAGCCUUCACCUGUCCACUUCCUUGCCAUAACGGGUUCGAGUAUUCAUGUCGCUUGGUCUCCGCCUUCAGGCGAACGAGCAAACGAAGUAACGUCAUACAAACUGCAGUAUCGGAAAGCGGGAGAAGGCGCAUGGUACUUUGCGUCUUCAUUCCUUCCGGCACGACUUCACAACAUCAAACUUCUUGAUCUUGAACCGGAAACGAGAUAUGAUUUUCGUCUCAUCACGUCCAACAACGGACUGGACAGCGCAGCGAGCGACAUCUCAUCGGUCAACACAAGCGCCCCUGGCGAGACGACAGCGAUUCUUCCACCGCAAAUAAUGUCCACCAGAGCAACCUCGUUCCUUGUCACGUGGUCGGUGACUAAGGAGGUCGAAGCGACUGGGUUUAGAGUGCAAUAUCGUGUACUUGGUGGUGAGUGGAGAGACCGGGUGUCUCAUUCGAGCAGCACCCGACAGUUGAGGAUUACCUCAUUGCGACCUAAUACGACGUACGAAGUGAGAGUUGUUGCUCUGCAAGGGCAAGUACCGGGAGUUCAGAGUUAUAUUGUUGAAUCGAGGACCGCAGCGAGUGAAUACGGGAGUAGUGCAAACAAGAGUGGCAAUGGCGACACGAUCAUGAUCAUCAUCAUCGGUGCCGCAUGCGGCGUUGCCAUUCUCAUUGCCAUCGUCAUCGUAUGUCUGUGCUGCCGAGUCCAUCCUGGAGCAAAACCUAGUGAUGAAUCUGAGUCAGUCACCUCGGAGUUUAUUCAAGGAAAUUUUCAGCGCACAGACAACUUGAAUACUGGCAGUACAGCUGAGGGUAGAGCUAAUCAACCAGGAGAGUGUACCGCGCCGGCGAACUCGCUGCCUCGUCCCACCACCACGGCCAGUCUAUUAGCAUAUACGUCGUCGUUUUCGUCUGUUCAUCACAACAAGCGUUCGGAGCCUCAGUCUCAUGCGACAUCGGAUCUCGUGACGACAAGUAUGCUGCAGCAACAACAGAGUCAGCAGUCUGUGGCACUCGACGGAUCGUUUGUCGGACAGAGCGGGAAGACGAGUCGCGUACCAUCGGCGAUUGUCUCACCGAACAAUGCGGCGGCACCGAAAUCAUCAACCAAUGGAUCCGAAGAGAACCUUCCACCGUACAAUGGGCUUGAAUUGGAGGUGACUCUUCCGGCUCAACAGACCGACACCGUCGAUGAAACGAGGCCGGAGUCUGCUGUCUCGACGCAACAGAACGGUGAUGUGCCAUCCAGUAGUCCGUCAGAAACCGAAAAGCCAGAAAUUUUGUCAACGACGUCGAAGAAUACUCUCGAUCAGGAGGUGGUCGUUCCUGUUACGCCAGCCGUCAGUCAGGUCGAUCCGCCAUCGUGUCUCUCACCCGCAGAAAUGGAUCGAUCAUCACAAGAUCGCUCGCUCAGUGCUGUACAGGAGGAGGUCGGUCGAGUGAGCAAAGAAAAAUCGAUGUCACCACAACCGGAGUCAAUACAUUCCCACCAUUCUCAGGAAACGGGAAACGCUUCCGGCAACACUGCGGGAUCUCAUCCUUCGGUCGUGACCGGUACCUCGAUGACAAGUAGUACGGCGACUAGCAGUGCUGUGGUUACCGGUACCCCUCACCAACAGGCGUACCAGAACGUACCGGGGAUGGUCAGUCACGUCCGACCCGGGAGCUCUGCGGGAAGCUCUCGUCGUCACCGACAUCACCGAAGACAUCGAAGCCGAAGCAGGACUCACAGCCCGGGACAACCUCGGCGGUCGUCACGACGACAUUCUCCGGCAUCGUCUACCAACCUCUCCCGGCAGGGUCAAACGUUGGGCACCCCGGGUGUCCCACUCCAGGGGAUGUCGUCGCCAAUACACAUGAAGACGUUUAUGUCGCCUGUACCUUCACAACACAGCUCGACCGUAUCAUCCCACGGAGCUCGAAAAGAUCCAUCGGGGAUUACGGUGGUGAGCCCGACGCAGCAUACGGUAGUAUGAAGGUAGAUGUAAGGACUUGUUCUUUCCGAUUUAUCAAUAAGAUUACCAGACGGUCAUAGAAGUGAAAUUUGGCAGUGUUAAUGAAGAGAUCCCUCUGGUUUUACGGGAAUUAGUUUUGUCAUCUAUAUGGGAGAGUUUCUUGUAGACUGUAGUUAGCAGCUCUUUGCUCUGUAUAUUGAUAUCCUUCGUAGACAGUUGUAGUCAGUUAUAAUGAGAUGUACUUAUGAGACA